CUAAUGAUUGCAAUGCAAGCUAGCAUUCUUCAUCGAAGUCCAACAAGCCACAUUUCUUAUGGCAAUUUCAGGCGCGAUGCCUUUCACUGCUUACAGGCUGAAAAACUUACAUCCGUCGUGGUGGAAAAUGAGUUAGAGUGCAUUUUUCGUUGUCUUGAAGAAAUAAAGUGUUAUUCGUUGAACUUAGCAGUGUAUCCUGACUCCAAAGGUCUUCAUCUGUGUGAAUUGUUGGCUACUGACAAGUACAAAGCGGCUAAACACUUCCUUGCAAAUGAUACUUUCCAUCAUCACAGACCGUGGGUGAGUAAUAUAGGACGGGCCAAUUUAAGAAUAAAUUUAAGAAUUCAACUGAAAAGGGAUUUUUCUUCUUUUUGCAGUCUCCAUGCGAAAGCGCUCCUUGUAAGAACAGUGCUGGCUGUAUUACUGACUAUGAACUGAACUCCUAUCACUGUAACUGUGAACCUGGAUUUUUCGGAACUCACUGCGAACGAGGAGGUAUUUUGAAAAUCCAUCGUUUUCUCUGCUGUAUAUUGUGGAAUUUGCAAAAUAAAAUGCCAGAGCUAAACUUAAAUGUUCAAUAUGCUGAUAAAAAGCUAAAAAAGUAAGAGUUUCUCGCAUGGAGGCGACCCGCGCUUUAGAUUCACCAUACUCGAGUCAUUGUUUUCUAGAUGAUUGCGUAGCGUUGUGUUGAGAUGUCUGGAAGCUGUCAACAAAAACUUCGGUUGAAAAAAUUUGGGGGAAAUAUUUAGAUCAAAAGAAUAGCCCGACCUGGCAUGAAGUCAGAAAGUUCAGUUUUCUCUUUCCAGCUGCAACGCGUUUCGAACUCGAACGAGCAACUCUGUGGCUAAAUGUGUGGUGCAACUGGGCAUGCUUUAGUUGGGCGGUACUACUAAGCUAAGAAGCCUCUUUUUAAAAGGCAAAUUUCAGUGAGGUUUUCGUUUACCGUGAGGGAAUAAAUUAUUAAAGAGAUGAAGACAACAUCUCAUUUUUCACAGCUUUGUUAUGUUGGUUAAAUUUGAUUAGAGGGGUAAAGCCAACAUUGAUCAUGUACAUUUUUUGUGAAUACGUAAGUCAAAACAAUAAUUCAUCGUGAAAAUCAGGCCGCUUCAUUUUAUUUUAUUUUGUUUUCAUGGUUGCAACAUCAGGCCCUAUACUGUUAACACUGUGAUGGCAUUUUUAGAUAGCGUAUUGACCAAGGUACAUUGAAGUGAGUAUUUGAUGUGCUUCUUUAGAGAGCGGAAUACGAAGUUACGGUGACUUCUGUGUGGCGCCUAAUAAAAGAGGUUGUUCCCCUCCUGACGGCAGUUAUCUCAUCUUCACCAAAAAGGACGGCACGGCUUGUAAUGCAACCGAUCAAAUUUUUCUUCUCGACCAGGAUGGAGUUAUUUAUCACAAGUGCAGCACGAAAAAAGUUUGUCCACAGGUUAACAAUUUUCUUGUUUUACUUUGUGCCCUAAGUGUUGUUGUUUCUGGAAUUAUUUAUUUAUUUAUGAAUGGUAUCUGAAUUGUUAUUGACUAUUUUCGUAGUCAGUUGUCGUCGUUUUUGUUUUUGUUUCUGUUUUUUACGAGCUACGAUCAUCGGCAAAAUUUUAGAGUGAUGCUCUUACAUUUCUCAGUUAACACCAACAUCCCUGAGUUGUUACACCCCUUCCAGGCUUGACCCAUUAAAAUUCUCCUUUCUCGGGGAUGGAUUACUUUGCAUGUGUACCAACAUUUCUAGGGAGAGAAGAUAUUAAAAUUUCAAGUGAGAAAAACAUCGUUCGUCUCGAUUUACACUUCUUGUAGAAAUUGAACACAGAUUCGUAAGUUCGUCAUUUAAAAUCCGUUUUAUGAGACUCGAACUUUGUUUGUCUGUUUUUUCCCCCUUUUUUUUCGUAGACAAUAACCCUACCAAGGGAAAGAAACUUAUGUUAAAAGAUGAAUGCCAUCUAAAUAUUUCAAGGCAUGUCAGGUAUGUUGUAAAUGUAAAAGCUGCAGCAUAAUGACAUGAUUUUUGCCUCAUAUUUUAACCUAAUUUAUACUAUUCCUCUCGUGGAAAUUCAGAAUGACAAGUUAUGCCUCACAUUUUAACCUAAUAUAUACCUUUCCUUUCGUGCUAAUUCUUUCUCCUCCGCUUUGAGUCAUCUGCUUUCCAAUAUGUAUCAGGAAGUUGCACGUUUCUCUUUAAAAACCUAAAUAGCAUUCCAUGCAUUUUCAUACCGACAACAUCAAAUUCUUUACGGGUCUUAGAGCACCUUUGAGUUCCUGACUUCCUUUGUUUGGUUAAUAUCUCGAAAAUGACGUGAUGAAAUCGUCAAAUUAGUUUUAGUUAUUCAUAUUCCAGUUAAAAUACGUCCCUUUUCGUGGAGAAUAAUGGUUUACUCAUACAUAGUUUUUUGGUCACUUUAGGUUGCCGACACAGAAUAACCUGAAGAAUUUGAAGAACAAUUUCUGUGUUCAUCCAGACGGUGGAUGGCCUAGGAAGGGAGUACAGUUGGUAUACUGGCCAGGGUGUGGCGAAGAAAGAUUGAAGCUCAACUUCUUUGAGCUUGGUAAGACAAAUUUCAGGGACUUCUGAUGAAGGCACCAGACAGAAGUGUCGAAACGUUGGUCUAUGAAUUGUAACUUCUCGGUUACAUUCAUUAAAUCUUUAAAGCAGAGUAGCACCAAAUCAUGUCCGAUUGUCCACCUGGUUGCCGUGUGAACUUUAAUAUAUCUUAUUUAUAAGAAAGUUAUAGUCAAUCUAGUGGUACAAGGGUCAACCGGCUCGCGAACAACAGAGUCCGCAUUGCUAAGUACCGCUGUCAUUUGUAUUUCAAUCACCGAUGCAAUGAAAUCAUUGUGCUCCAUCGAGCUUGAGAUCUCGGCCUCCUGUGCGGAGUCCUAAGGGAUACAGGCUUUCACCCCUGAUGAAAGUACUAGACAGGAGUGUCGAAUCGUUGGGUCUAAGAAUUGUAGCCUCUUAGUGACAGUCAGUUAAAUCUUUAAAUCAGAAUAGUAUCAAACCAUGUCAAUUUUCAGUGAGUUCUUUGUUUCCCGUGGGGGAAUAAAUAUGAUAGAGAUGAAGAAAACAAAAAAAAGAUUGAGAAAAAAGAAAAUGGUAUACGUUUAAGAGUGUUUUUGCUUUGAGUGACGCCACGAUAUGCAAUGAGAACAAAGGAGAAAAGAGCAAGGAGCCCAUGGGAACGAAUACACAGGAGGGGCCUACCGUACAGAAAAGUGCUAGUGACUGAGUGUGGAUUGCAGUUUUCAUCAGCCGUGGAUAGUACUGACAUCCGAAAAAUUCUGAUUAGUCUUUAUUUUCAUUUUCCUUGCAGGUACAUCAACUGCCUGAAUCUCAGUCUGGAGAAAUAUUUAUUCGCGUAGUUAUAUUAGCAUAGUAAUAUCAUACCAAUU